CAUUCGGGUACAAUGUAUGUAUUGCACGGAUGUACGCAUGUGUUGACAACAUACAUAGUACUGACAUUGACAAGUACACGUCAGUUUUUCACAGUUGCUAGCAGUCGUUAGUGCAUGCGAGUGGUUGCAAGACAAACGUGAAGUCAGCACGCAUCUCAUCGCACGAAAAUGAUAUUUGCGCGUUUAACAUCGAGACGAUAAUGAAGAUUGGUAUCGGACGCACUUUUACGUAUUUCUACAGCCGGUUAUUUUGGACGCUAUUGUUUAUUUUGUGCGCAACCUUCACACAAACUGAAGAUGUUGUUACAAAAGACGCGCCUGCAACAAUACAGCAGAAUUUAUCUGCAAAUUAUUCCGUGCCGGAGAAAACUAGCGUUCCCAGCACUGCAGCAUCACCAUCAACAUCAACAACCAGUGGCGGUGAUGAUAAAAUAGUCGGUAAAACAGAGUUGAAAAGUGAGGAUGUGGUGCAGUCAAGUUUUGUUGAAGAACCUCAAGAUGGUGAAACCUUUGCAGCACCAUCUGAAUUUGGUUUUGCUGAGGUUGCAUCACAGAAUGCUGGAAUUCCUAAUGAAAUCAGUGAUGCUGGUCAAAUUGUAGUAACGCUGGUCGAUUCCGCAUCGGCUGAUUUACAACAACGGGCCGAACAAUCUAGUCAAGUUGAACAUGAGACUGUGCUCACCAAUAAUGUCACUCGGGAGGACAAAAAGGAAACCCUCAAGGAGAACAUAACGAUAGAGGACAUCCCUGAAGUUCAGGAACAGCCGACGCAAGAAACAAAACCGCUCCUAGAAGUGCCAAAAAUUGAACCAAAAGAGAAUCUGACUGAAGAGAUUCCAUCGUUUUCGGAGUGGACACAGAAGCAACUUGAGGAGGCUGAAAAGAAACGAGAGGAAGUUAAUUCCUCAUCGCCACAUCAUGUGAAUGGAAAAACUGGCAAUAACAACAAAGUUCGCUCGAAAAACUAUGCAUCACCUGACUGCGGUGCGAAAAUUGUCGCUGCUAAUCCCGAAGCAAUUUCCGCUGGUUCCGUUUUAAGUCCGUCGAGGGACGAGUACAAACUGAACACGUGCACAAGUCGGAUAUGGUUUAUUGUAGAGCUGUGCGAGGCCAUACAAGCGAAGAAAAUUGAUUUAGCCAAUUUUGAAUUGUUUUCCUCGUCGCCGAAGGACUUCAGCGUUUCGGUCAGUGACAGAUUUCCAAGUCGAGAGUGGUCAAAUGUCGGACAGUUCACCGCCAAAGAUGAAAGAGAUAUUCAAAGCUUUGAUUUGCAUCCACACUUGUUUGGAAAAUACAUUAAAGUCGAAAUGCAUUCGCAUCAUGGUUCGGAACAUUUUUGUCCGAUUUCUUUAUUUCGUGUGUAUGGCACAUCAGAGUUUGAAGUUUUAGAGAAAGAAGAUCAACAACACACUGAAGAGGAAGACGAUGAUGAUACGUUGGAUUCAGAAAAGCGACCAGGGCCAAAAAAUCUAUUCUCUUCAGCAACUGACGCUGUUAUUUCUAUCGUGAAAAAAGCUGCGGAAGUAUUAGGCACCAAAGGGAACUCGAGUUCAGACAGUAACUUACAAGAGAACACGCAUGAUGAAAAGCGUUACUCACCAUUGAUUAGUACAUGCACAACUCCGAGUCAUAUCGUGGUCUGUGACAACUGCAGUGAUGUAUUAUUCGGGCAAGUAUUUGAAAUGCUAAGCUGUCGCGCGCAUCAACUGCAGACUUUGUUGUCCAUCAAACUUAUCAAACGCACCAUUUAUAAUACUUCUGUGUGCGUGCAAUUCGGAUUUGAAUUUCAAAAUAAAUGUGCUUUGAACUGUUCCACGGCAAUUACGUCUUAUGUGGAAGCGUUCUUUUCAACUCCGUAUUUAGCAGCGCUCUGCAACACGAUGGCCAUUCUUGAGAAUAAAGUAGUACUCAACGUAAGCAAUCAGAUGAAUAUGACUGAUAAGGAAGUAGCAAUUGAAAGCAAUAUCAGCGUUAAGUUAGAUCAACCUGAGACUGUGGUGAAAAGCGAGAUGCCGACUACAGUUAAGAAUGAAGAGACAAUUGCAGCUGAGGUGCCCGCACCUCCUCACACUGUCACAACAGUCAAUGAGGUCGUUAAUGCAGAUGCAGAUGCCACAAAAAUAAAUCCAACAAAAACGUUGACAUCAGAGGAAGUUAUUGAAAUGACACAAUUUACGACUCAUGAUGAUUCUGAAAAUGUUCAUAAAGAAGAUCAUAAAGAGGUGACUACUGAAGAACCAAUAACUGAAGUUAGUUCAGAACCCAGCGUUGAUGAAGAAGCCGCGACCGAAAGUAACGAAAACUUAGAUUUGGAACAUUUAAUGUCCGACUAUGACAAUAACAACGCUCCUGCGAACAGUGCAACUCCAGCACCACCAAAGGAAUCCGUCUUUCUGCGUUUGUCAAACCGCAUUAAAACGCUAGAAAGAAAUAUGUCCUUAUCAAGUCAAUAUUUGGAAGAGUUGAGCAGGCGAUACAAGAAACAGGUGGAAGAAAUGCAACGCUUGCUAGAGAAGACUAUUACCACGCUCGAUGAAGAAAGGAAAGGUAAAGAUGACCGCAUCGAUCGGUUAGAAGCAAAAAUUGGUCAACUGACGCAAAGCAUCGAGGCAUUGGUGGCGGAACGUGAUAAUUCUUUCAAUCCACUACAUUGGCUUGUACUCAUUUUAGUCACUACGAUUGGGAUUUUUACAUUUUGUCGACGACACGAUCAUAAACAUUUUGCCUCCGCUAGCUCCUUGGUUGAAAUACACCGUCGGAAGUCCAUCGAUGUAGUAAAUCAUCACACGCCCGCCAAGAAACAACGCAGACCUAGCGAGGAAGCGUUGAAAAUUUCCGGUACAUAUGAACAUCUUCUUCUCGAUGACGCCGAGUUGCGUAAACGUACACGUGAAAGAAAACGCAAACGCAAGAAGGGCUUGCAACGCUCGAAUUCCAUUACAACUUUGGGUGAAGAGCACCAAUACAAGGCAAUUACGCCGGAGUUUAAUCCAACUAUUCCAACCAUUCCAACAUGGUUGCGCCAGGAAUCCGCACCGGCUCAAGUUCCGCAUAACUGGAACGCAAAUCUUAGUGGUCUGGAUGAGGCGCCGAUUGUUCUGGAAGAGAGCGAUAAUAACCCGUUGCAAGAUAUGCCGCUUCCAAAACCGUUGCAGGAAAAAGAUAAGGCUGCAGGAAUUAGUAGUAAUGGUAGAGCAGUGCUUUUACCGGUUCGAAAAAUAUCCUCGCCUGCGUUUCUUAAAGCGGUGGAAACUCGGAAACCGAAGAACGGAUUUUUUGAGUUAAUCGAAAAGGGCCAUAAGAAAUCCGCCAGCGUGGAUGAGACAAAGCGGCAGUCGAGUCCCACGCCGUCAGCGGGUAACAUUAGCUUAAAUUUAGAAAACAGUCAGAAGAAGGAGAAAAAAGGUACGCUGAAAAAGAUAUUCAGAAAGGUAUUUUGAGAUCUGUUUACACGUUUUACUGCGUGCGGCAUUGUGCGGACGUUCAGAUGGCUGGAAACUUUAAACACUUAAAUGAAACAAUAGGUUAUGGAUAGUAUUUGAAUAUUUAUUUAUAUAGAUUUUUAUCGACGCGUUGAAUUAAAUUUAAACUGAGUGGAACUAGUCAUCUGGGCAUUCAAACAUUUUCCAAAAAUGAAAGAUGAGAAAAGACAAAGUCUGAAUAGUAAUUAUCGUUGAGUAUUUUGCUUGACGCAUGCAUUAAAAGUUCUGUCAGUUGUAACUUGUCUUUUGUGUUCUAAUCUGUUAUAUUCCUAAAUGUAAACUGUGAUAAUUAAUUUAAAUUAUUUCUGAAUGUAGGUGAAUGACGAAAAAAGCAAAAGAAGUGGACAAUUAGAUUGUCGGUUAUUUUGUAAUAAUGUUUGAUAAGUUAUACAGGAUUAACGUUGUUUAAACACGUGUUAUUUGUGAUUUUCAAAAUUUGCAACACAAAUUCCUGUUGUAGUAAAAUUGUGUAUGGUCCUGGCCAUGUGUCGAUCUUGCGGUGUUGAAUUUAGAUAUUAUUAGCUAACUAUGACUAUACUUUGUAACCUGGAUCUGUUAAUUGUAAGUGCACUAAUGGUUUUAGAAUUGCGCAGUUUUCGUUCUGAUUUAGUUUUUAAUGUAUGUAUGCUAAAAUUAGUAGAGUUCUCAUAUAUUUAUUUCACGAUUGAAAAAGUGUACAUUAAUUUUCCGUUUUAUCCUUCAAACAAAAUGCGUUUAAUGUGAGAGUAUUAAAGAAUCCCCAAUAAUAUUAUUGAUUAACU